AUGGAGUCUCUUGGACUGGAACUGGUUGCUCGACUGGAGUCUCUUGGACUGGAGCAGCUUGUUCGGCUGGAGUCUCUUGUACUGGAACUGGUUGCUCGACUGGAGUUUCUGGAACUGGAGCAGCUUGUUCGGUUGAAGUCUCUUGAACUGGAGCAGCUUGUUCGGCUGGAGUUUCUUGUACUGGAACUGGUUGCUCGGCUGGAGUUUCUGGUACUGAAGCAGCUUGUUCGGCUGGGUUCUCUUGGACUGGAACUGGUUGCUCGACUGGAGUCUCUGGAACUGGAGCAGCUUGUUCGGUUGGAGUUUCUGGAACAGGAGCAGCUUGUUCGGCUGGAGUCUCUUGAACUGGAGUAG